GCUCUCCCAGAGUCCCCAGUUCAGGCGCUCCCAGUGCCACCAGUGCUCCCAGUCCACCCUGUCCCGUAGCAACCAGUAUCCCACCUCCAGACUGUCCCAGUGGCCCAGGUGGCCCCAGUCCAGGCUGCCCCAUGACCACCAGUGUUCCCAGUCCAGCCUGCCCCAUGGCCCCCAGUGCUCCCAGUUCAGGCUGUCACAUGAAGCCGCGCAGCCCCGAGGGCUGGGGGCUGCUGCUGGCGCUCUGGUACUUGGCCUUCUACAAACCCGUCAUCACCGAGAGCCACCUGAGGAGGAAGAACAUGGAGUUCAUCUUCAUCCGCUUCAGCGCCUGGCAAUACGCCGGCUGCGACAAGCUCUGGGCCGGUUUGGUCACCACCCUCUGCGACCACAUCCGCCACCAUUUUGGGGCUUUGCCCCUCAGCGUUUACCACGUCAUGGGCACCCGGCCUCGCUUCGCCUCCGGCUUCAGCCAGAAGGAGUGGGUGCUCAAGAGGGGCGCCUGCCUCAAGCUCUGGGGGCUGCUCUUCGUCCUGGCCGCCGGCGUCACCAUCCUGCUGGUGGCCCUCUUGGUGCCGGGCAUCAAGGACCACCACGCUUUGAAGGUGGUGGGUAGCGCCGUCACCUCCCUCUCCGGUUCCAGUUUGGUGUUGGGAGCUUUUUCCGUCUUGAAGAACCUGUUGGUCAGCGAGAAGCAGAAGAUCGAACGGUUGACCAACAGCGAGAGGUUCGCCAACCAGCUGGGCUUCAUGAGCAAAGUCCGGAGAGAAGUGGAGGUGCUGGUUGACUUCUUGGCCUUCAUGGAGAUCUUUGAGCGCCGCCGGCUCCGCGUGGUGCUGGAAAUCACCAGCCUGGAUAUCUGCUACCCGGAGAAGGUGGCCGGCGUCCUCAACGCCAUGAACACCUUGCUCUCCGAAGCCAACACCCCCUUCAUCUUCAUCCUGGCCGUGGACCCCAGCGUCAUCGUCCCCUGCCUGGAGCAGACCAGCUGCAUGAAGGGUCUCGCCGACAACGGUUACCUCUACCUCAACCGGACGGUGACGCUGCCCUUCUCCAUCCCCGAGAUGGGCGCCCGCUCCCGCCUCCAGUGCCUGGAAGCCGCCGUCCAGACGCGGGAGGACCUCAUGUACCGCAUCAUCACCGGCAACGUGGAACGCCGCCGAGCCAAGUGCCAGGCCGGCCCGGCGCCUCCCGGUCGGCAACAGGCGGACGCCGAAGCCGUCCGUUGCAUCCACGAAGCUUUCCGUUGCCUCCACGACGGCGCCGACCCCCUCGCCCGUUACCUCCCCGCCAACGGCGCCCACGUCCGCCGCAUCGUCAACACCAUCCCCAUCACCCUCCGGCUCCUCCUGCACCGCGCCGACGCUCCCGGCGACCCCUCGCCCCGCGCCGCCGCCGCUUGGGUGGUGUUGGCCGAUCGGUGGCCGUGCCGGUUGAGCUGGGCUUUGCAAUGCCUGGAGGACGCUUGGCAGAAUCGGCCGGGGCCGGGUUUCGGCGGGGGGAGCGGGAUUUGA